GCUCUAGGUUGCCCAAGUUGCGCAUGCCCCUUGUUAAAGAGGUGUCGGUUGCUGCGCAUGCGCAUGAGGAUCUGCAGGCACCGCUCUUACUGUUGACGGGAAGCAGUGUCUUCCAUUUUGUGCGUCUUCAUUGUUCUUCAGUACCUGAGAGACAGCCGUGAGAAAUAUGAAUGAUCAUUCGGAAACAAAACCAAAAUCUAGAAAAAGAGUAAGGGAGCAAGAGACUUCCCAAGAGGUUGAACCUGUGGUCGCCGAGAAGUGCAAUGAACAACAAAUUCCAAAGGAGCAACCACCAUUAGAAUGUGCAGAUAUUGCAAUCGUUCAGGAGAUUGAGUGUGAAGAAGACAUGGAGAUUGAAGUUCCUGAUGUGGAAUUCAAUGAAGAAGAACAGACUCUGCUGAAGGUGGAGAUUGGGCCCGAGGAUAUAGCUGAUGACAUUGAUUAGAAUGCCAAGUACGAAGGCCAUUAAAAUGCCAGAAGCAGUUAAAGGGCGACAACCAUAGGUGUAAAAGAAGACUUAUUGAAGACUGAAGCCACGUAUGCUAUUCUCAUCUGGAAAUGUAUCCUCUCAAUAAAGUUUUACUGCUUGCUGCAA